UAUGCCUCGCUACCUUCUUUCAGAUCACAAGAGAGCCAGUUGCACUUGUUGAGAUCGCAGAUCUCUUUGGAUAGGGAUACUGUAGAAACAAUCGCGGUGCGAGGAGAUAUUUCAAGGGAUCCGUGCCAAUUGUUUUUUGUCCUAGUGGAUGUUUUGUGCUUUUGUUUUGUGGAAAUUCGAAUUCGAAUGUUUCAGUUCUUCGACUGGCGCUCAAAGGAGCAGGAUGUAGAUUAAGAUGAGUGCAAUGCGUGUUUUCGUGUUUAUAUAUGAUGGAUAGUGGUGUGAAUUUUGUUAACAUUUUUUUCUUUUGGAAUUUUUCUUCUACGAAUUUUUCUUCAUCGCUAGAUAAUUAUUGGAAAGAAGUGGACAAUAUUUAUAUAGGCCAUUGUCAAGAGUGUGGUAGAAAAUAAUUAAUGAUGUCAAAAUUUGGUGGCCAUUGGAUAUGUUUCGGUACAAACAACUGUCAAUGGUAUUGUGAACCUUUUUUUCAUGAAUUGCAUCAGCUGGAUCCAACAUCUCAGACUACCGGUUGAUGUCCAGACGAGCAGUUUGUAGUGACAGAGACCAAUGUGUUGUCCAAAGUUCGUAGUGAAAUGUUAUCCAACCGACGUGGUCGCGGUCAGUGCCAGUGCCAACACGAUUCGAAACUUUCACGUCCAGAACCAGUGCGACAUCAGUAGAAAAAGGAAAGAGGAACGAGGUGCGAGGGUCGGUGUUGCCCUUACCCCUCGAAAAUUAACCAACGCCGCCGCUGAGUACUAUGCGAAUUGCACACUGUAUCCGAGCCCUUAUUGCGGUGCUUGGUCUAGCCGCUGUGGUCAUUCCAGUCGCUUCUUGUAACGACGAAUACUUUAAUGAAACGGACUCUUUUUACGACUUCUAUCGCCACAAAAGGAGUGCCAAAAAGCAAAAUAAACAACUACUUCACAUUCACGAAGGAGGGAUCGUGGUCAACGCUAUUGAAGACUCCUACGUCCGUACAGCGAAAAAAUUGCACCAACAUCACAACACUCAUCAACAUCUCGAGACACACCGUCAACACGUCGAGAUCCACCAUCUGGCUCUUAAUAGGACCGGAGAGUGUUGCCCCACGGUCUUCGAAAAAGUCGAACCUCUGGGGGGAUCCAAUCAAGAUGGGAUGUACGUCGAGUUGUACCAAGAUCACAACUAUAAACAGAGAUUCUUCGAGUUGUCUUGUGAUCCAGCUGUCAUCGACAGGCCCUGUAACUUUAUAAAUCGACGAAACCAUCAGUCCAAAUGCGUACAAAAGUACAGCUUUAGUUAUGCCCUCGUCAAAAAUUCGGACUCGAACAGAACCAAACACUUUCCGAUGUUCCCCGUACACGAGCACGGUGGCGCCACCUACACCCUUGAUUAUAUCAAGGUGCGGAGCGGUUGUAGCUGUGAGGUGACGCUUAAGAAAAAAAGAAAGAAGAAGAACACAAAAGGUCAUCCAGACAAUACUUGAGUAUUUAAAUAAUAUAAUAUAAUGAAUUAUUAAAUAUCUAGCUUAAUAUUAUAUCCGCCGUAACUUAAUAUUUCGAUAACUUAAUAGUAGCUACGAUUAGGUAACUUAAAAAAAGUUGAGUUUGGGCAACUUAAGAUGUCCAGUUGCGUAGCAUUAAAAAAUCACUCUCAAAAUAGUAAAAAAAAUAUACUUAUUUACGUAGUAUAUAAUAUAUAGUAAAUAACGUAUAGAUUUGCAAUCGUAACAUCACUUUUUUUUAUUUAUUAAGGUGGGUAAUGUAACAAAAUUUUAUAUCAUCGUUUCGUAACUUCAUUUCGUAACUUCAUCAUAACUACGUUUCGUUACUUCAUUUCGCAACUUCAUUCCGUAACAUCAUUUUGUAACAUCGAUUCGUAACAUCAAUUCGUAACAUCGUUUCAUAACAUCGUUUUGUAACAUAGUCAGAAAAAUAACUGUCUUUCUUGUUAAGUAUCCAGACAUGCAACGAGGUGGUGCAACACCAGUGCAUCUUAUUUUUUGAUUAAACGGUGAAAGGAGACUUUCCGAUGUUACUAUGUUACGGUGUUACGCUGUUAUGAAGUUUUGUUGCAUGUCCAUACGCACUUUAAUAUUUGACUUAACUUGACAAUGGCAUAUUUUAAGUUUAAAUUAAAAUUUAACAGUAAACAACUUUUUGCCCAAAUCUAAAAUAUUUUAAUUGUUUAUUAAGUUGCGCUACGAUAU